UCAUCGAUUGGGUUGUACAUUUUUCCGGUGCGGUAAAGUUUAGUGUUUUUUGCUGUAACAGAAGCGUGAAAGUUUACUAAAAGUGGUGAUUUUCGUGCACAAGACGCAGCAUUUACUGGGAUAAGUAAAUAUUGCACUUCACGUGGUGUUAAUUCGUCGUAAAUUGCAACAUGUCCUUUAACGACGAUAACGAUAAUGGCGGAGACCAGUUCUACAUCCGUCUACGUGGUCUUCCGUGGAACAUUACCGAGGGCGAGAUUCGGGAUUUUCUAGCCGGCGUUGAUGUGGACAUGUGCCACAUAGUGAUCAAUUCGUUGACCAAGCGCCAAACGGGCGAAGCUUAUCUGCGACUGCCAACGUUAAUGGACCAAAUAAAAGCGUUGGAUCUCAACAAGGCCACCAUCGGACAUCGUUACAUUGAGGUUUUUACCGUGUCGGAAAAGCAAUGGAGCAGCGCUAUCAGUAAUGAGUUCAACAGCGAAGACGCUGGACCGGUACUGAAGUUGCGCGGUCUGCCCUGGUCCUGUACCAAGGAUGACGUCAAGCGGUUCUUCACCGGGUUGACGAUAAAAAAUGGCUUUAAUGGGAUUCUUUUGCUACUGGAUCAGCUGGGACGGGCAUCUGGGGAGGCGAUUGUUGAAUUUGCAACAGACGCCGAAGCCGAAAAGGCCAUGAUGUUACAGAAAGAGAAGAUUGGGAACAGAUACAUCGAGCUCUUCCGUAGCAGUACCCGCGAGAUGAAAUGGGCGGAGAAGAAAAUGCGCCGCAUGAGUCCCUACGGUCGUAACAAUUCCAACGGUAAUGGCAAUAGUGGUGGCGGCGGCGGCGGAUUCGGCGGAGGCAACUCGGGUGGCGGUAACAACAGCCGUCAACGCUUCCCACCGGGCCAAGGUUACGGUCGUGGAUCAUCUGGAGGCGGUGGCGGAAAUGACAAUUUCUCGAAUGGUCCGUCCGGCGGCGGUGGUAAUGGCUGGAAUAGCCGUGAUGAUGAUGGCUUCGGAAGCGGCGGCGGCGGUGGUGGCGGACUUGGUUUCGGAUCGAUGUCUGGCGGCAAGAUGGGCGGCGGUGGUGGUGGCAACAACUCCGGUGGAGGAGGAAAUAUGUACUCCGGUGGGUUGGCCAACAAUACGGGCAACAUUGACAUCUUGAGAUUGUUGCAGGAUCAGUUGAAACGCGGCGGUGGCACCAACUACGGCUCUGGACGCGGUAAUUCCGGCGGCGGUGGUGGUGGUGGAAGCGGCGGUGGCUAUAAUAGCGGCGGAAGUGGUGGUGGUGGUGGUUAUAACAGUGGUGGUGGAUACAACAGUGGUGGUGGAUUCGGUAACAACUACGGAGGCGGCGGUGGCGGUUCCAACAAUGGAGGCUUCGACUCUGAUCGCGGCGGUUUCCGUUCCGGAGGUGGUCAAGUUGGUGGCAACAAUUUUAGCAGCUUCGGCGGCGGUGGUGGUGGCGGCGGUAACGGCUAUGGAAACAACAGCCUCGGAGGUGGCGGUGGAAAUAACUUCACCAGUAAUGACUUCUACAAGAGUGGUGAACAAAAUCUGUUCUGUGUGCACUUGCGAGGCAUGCCGUUCAGUUGUGACGAGCAGGAUAUUCAGGACUUUUUCAUGCCGCUUAGACCUGUUAAAUGCGAUGUUCAAUUUGAUUCCAGAGGUCGUCCCUCCGGUGAGGGUGAUGCCUAUUUCGAAACCGUAGAGGAAGCGACUAAGGCAAUGAAAAAGCACAAGGAAAAGAUGGGCAAUCGUUAUAUUGAACUUUUUGCCGGCGCUCGCAAGUCUCAGAACAAAUUCAUAGAUUAAAAGCUUAAUACUACUACUUUUGUGACACGUAAUAAGUGGUAUGACAUUCUUCUCGUACGUCGCACAGACAACAUAGAAAGGCCGCUUCCGUUUGUAAUUUUGAAACUCAUAUCUGUUCGAAUUCAACAAUGUUAAACAAAACAAGUUUGUCACACAAGUACUACAGUUCAUAUUAGAGUAUAAGUAACAGCAAUGGAUGAUAAUUUUAAUCCCCCUCUCAUCAGCCAGACAUACGCAUGAGUAUAACGACCGUAACCCAUCCGCAAAGGAGGCACUUAAUCUUUCAAAGGAAUACCGCAUAACUGUAGCCUUUGAUUUUAGUUUUUAAGUUAGGAAAUAUUCUAUGAUUUUACUGCAGCAAAUGAGACACGUAAUUUUCGACAUAAUUGAAAAUCAGAGAAAUAACUUAUGUAACUAACUCAUAUUUACAUUUGGAACGUUUGUAAACGGAAGACAAAUUAAAUAAACCAGUAUCUAAGCUUUAGAACUU